AUGGAUUCGGCAUCCACGACAUCCACAUCGAAGAAUGGCCGGGCUACGCGCUUGUCUCUGGCUUGUUCGCCCUGCCGCUCGCGCCACAUGAAAUGCGACGGCAAGCGACCUCAAUGUGAUCGCUGCUCUGAGGCAGGCAAACAGUGCAUCUAUCCCCAAUCUCGACGCGGUGGGCUCAACCGUGCAGCUCUAGCUGAACGUCGCAAACGGCUAGCAGCGGCAGAAGCAGGGGCAUAUCCAGUUAAUGACACGGAUUCGCAGGGAGCUGCACCACUUGGGCAGCCCCAGGAGCGUCCCGCUUCGCACCGUCAGAUGGACUCUCACCACGAGCCUGUGACGCUCGAUUUCAAUCCUGGAGCCGAUACCAAUGAAAUAUUCUUGCGAGAAGCAAGCCCAAUUAAUUCGUACGACAUCGAAAAUGAUCCACUGAUUGAUUCCUACUACAAGAACUUCCACAUAUGCCAUCCCUUCAUCUUACCACAAAAACACCUAAAAAGGUUAUAUGAAGAUCCGAGCAGACAACAAAGCUUCGCACCGCUGGUUGCUACUCUUCGCUUCCUUGGGAAUAUAUACAAGGCGCGAGAAUGGUCAAUACCAUUAAAAGAGUGCCUGGAAGCGUCCGUUUCCCAAGCGCCUGCGUCAGAUCCUAUCAUUGUUCAAUGCCGACUCUUGUACUCAAUCGCCUUAUUCUGGCACGAUCUCAACGGCGACUGUCAAUUACAGAUGGACAUGGCCACCAAGCUCGCCGUUGAUCUGCAAAUGUUCCGUCACGAAUUUGCGGCUGCCCAGGGAGCCGACGAUCUUGUGCUGAAGGAAUCGUGGAGACGAACAUGGUGGAUGCUGUACAUCGUGGACGCAUACUACGCCGGAACCUUGGGGACAACGAACCUCCGAGUGGUGGACAUUGACGCGACGGCAGAAUUACCGUGCGAUGAGUUGGACUACGAGUCUGGAACAAUACCAGCCCCCAGAACCCUGCAGGAAUUCAAUUGCCGUGAAUUCGGGCCCCAGGAUAUGCACUUCUCGUCUUUCGCAUAUCUUAUAGGCGCAGUACAGUGCGCCGCAUCUGCCAUGUCCACCACCCCAAACAUUGCUGCCGAAGAAGAGUCGGCACAUAUCAUCCAAGCUGUUGACUGUAGCCUGGACGGAUGGCGUCUUCUAUUACCACCAGAUCGCAAACAAAUCAUGGACGCGACCGGUGAAGUCGACGAGCUCAUGUUCCAAGCCCAUUUGAUGAUUCACGUAUCAACCAUCGGACUCCACCGUCCGUUGUCGGCCCUCAAAUUCAACGCCGUUGAGAAUAUCUCCAGCUGCGGUCGUGAGCCGGCCCUUGAUACAUCAACCCCGGACCAGGUUAACGUACACACUGUCCGAGUGCUACGGGCUAUAGAGGCACAAAUCCGGCUCUUAGCCUUACCAGUCCGACAAUUUCACCACACGCCCUUCACCAACUGCAUGGUGAGCGAAGGGACGCUGGCGCUACUUUCCGCCUGCAGUACCCUCCUCAAGGGAAAUGAUCUACGCAUCGCAAGAGAUCAGAUUCGGAUGACGCUCGGAUGCCUUAGGGUGCUAGGGGACGUGUGGCCGAGAAUAGCGAGGAACGUGCGGGAGAUACAGACUAUUGCGCAAUGCGUGCUGAGGCUUGGAGAUGUGGCCCAUAGCGGCAGGACGCCUGCAGUGAAUGAUAACUCCUCUUCGGGGACAGUAAUGCCAAGUUCUGGUUCCAACACCGACGAUAUACAGAGCAACGACAUUGAUCUGAUUGCGUCCUUGGGGAACAUUGACGACUUAUGUGGUUGGUAUAAUUUCGGAACGCCGGAUGGUCUUACGUGGGGGAUGGAGCAAUAG